AUGUCUUACAACAAGGGCGACAAGGGAGACUUCGAGGGCCCCAAGAUCCACAAGAUCCGCAUCACCCUCACCAGCCGCAACGUGAAGAGCCUCGAGAAGGUCUGCACCGAGCUCAUCGACCGUGCCAAGACCAAGGACCUCCGCGUUAAGGGCCCCGUCCGUCUCCCCACCAAGAACCUCAAGGUCACCACCCGUAAGACCCCUUGCGGUGAGGGUUCCAAGACCUGGGACACCUACGAGAUGCGCAUCCACAAGCGUCUUAUCGACCUCAACGCCCCCACCGAGGUUGUCAAGCAGAUCAUCAUCAACAUCGAGGCUGGUGUCGAGGUUGAGGUUACCAUUGCCGCAUAA